AUGGAUGCCGAGAAGAUCAACGAUCAGGAGGUGAAAAUUCUGGAGGCGUCGCUGGCUUCGGUGCCGAUCUUUCAGGGAUGCGAGGAGUUCUUGAUAAAGCAGAUCGCCAAGAAGGCGCAGUGCCGACGCUACGACGGCCACGAAGAGAUCGUCUUCUCGGACCAGGUCCCUCUGCUGGUGGUCCUGUCGGGAGCGGUUCGCAUCUGCAUCGGCUGCGCUCCAGACACGGAUGCCGGGCCCGGGAGCGUGCUGAACGUCCCAGGCAUGCUGGGCCUGCACGAGCUGGCGGAGCCCUACAAGCCAAAGGCAGGGAAGCCGGCAAGUGAUCCCAACGACGACCUUGAUGACUGCGUGUCCAUGGAUCCAAAGACGGCCCAAGGCCCUCUCAAGGACGAGGUUCAGAACAUCUACAACCUUUGUCCCAUCAGCUGCUACAGCAGCCAGAAGCAGACCAACCUCUCUGGCUGGCUCCGCAUGGACAUCAAACCAGCAGAUAGUGCGGGCGCGAAGGUUGCGAUGGUCUCGUUGGACUUGGUUGAGAAGGUACUGGCCAAAGGCGACGCCUUGCGACCCUUUCAUGCAAACUUGUCCAGAUUGACGGACCAGUUCAUUUGCAUCCUGCGGCACGGCAUGUUCCCCGGCGUCCCGCCGGAGGUUAUCUGGCUGAUUGCCUGCGGAACGCAGCGGCGGCACUAUGCCCCAAAGGAGACCCUUGUAGAGGAGGACGACCUGGGAGAGGUGGCAGAUUGGCUGAUUGCCAUCAACAGCGGCAAGGCAGAUGUGGAGAAGCUCAGCUACAAUGGCGAGGAGGCAGUACCACAGACGAUUGGCUCACUCAGUGAGGGGGCUGUCAUGGGAGACGUCUGCUUCUUGCACGGCGGGGUGCCGCGGGGCGCCACUGUGCGUGCACAGACGGAGGUGGACGCCAUUGCCAUCCCACCGAGUGUGAUUCUGGAUGCGCUAGCCAUGUUUCCUGGGAUCACCAGCAGCUUCAUGGGGAGGCUCCGGGAGAUCGUGAUGCAGCUCCAGGGCAGCCUCCCUCGCCCCGCGCAAGCCCUGAAGGGGAUGCAGAUCUUCUCCAGCUGUGACCUGGCCUUCCUCCGAGCGGUGGCCUCCGUCUCCGAGCGCAAGGUCUUCUUCGCAGGCGACCAGGUGCGGGAGGAGGGGAUCAUAGAUGACACCCUGCGAGUGAUCGAGUUCGGGCGAUGCCGCGUCGAACGGCGACGCGAGGGCGGUUGUGGCGUCGAGUUCUGCGGCUCCUGCGAAGUGGGCACCGUGCUGGGGGAACGAAGGUUCUUCAACAUGCCGUCCAUGUGGCCAGACGCCACCUUCAGGAUUGCCACACCCUUGGCCCUGCUCCUCUUCAUCCCGAGGCAGUCUUUCAACGGUGUCCUGGACAAUUACCCCUCCGAGCAGCAGCGAUUUCGCCUCGUGAAGGAGAACACCAAGACGGACGGAGGUAAUGCGAAGCGGGAGCACGAUGCGGCCAGCCUCACCAUUCUGCAAGGAUNNCUUCCUCCAGGCAAUUGCAGGCUGCAUCCGCACGGUGACCUACAAGAUUGGUCAGACGAUCACCGUGCAGGGGGCCGUGGAUUCGGGCUCCAUGUACAUCAUCAAAGGAGGGUCAGCCGAAGUCUUCGUCAAUCACCGCUACGUCAAAGACGU